AUUUCUUUCCCUCAGUUUGGUGGGCUUGCUGGUGUUAUUUCAUGCAUACAGAGAUCAGAGGCAGUGUGUAGCUGCAGGCUGCUUUUAUCUGCGAGUGUUGUAACUGGUGGUGUUGCUGUGGAGGAGCAGUGUAGCACAGUUAGAAGCUGAGGAGUGGGUUGACCCUCUGGGAGAAUUGGAAUAUGAAUGACUGCCAACACUGCGACGUCUGCUCACCCUGCACUAAGGUGAGUGGUGCUUUGGUACAAAAGAAUCAACAGUGAUCUGACAGUGAUGCUGUGUAGCAGCCUUCCCCUCUCUCUGCACCCCUCAUUCUCCCGUGAGGCCCAUGUGACCUAGCCUACACCCACACACUGGGGGCCCCCACUGCCGCUGGAGCCCACCCAUGAAUCCCAGCCCCGAUCGCGGCAAAGAGUGCCUCCCUCCCAAGAAGAGGGACUCUCGGCAAGGGUCAUCAGAACACCACGUCACUUUGGAUGAGUUUAAACCCCCUGUGCCGCUCCGAAGUCGGUCCAUCACAGGGAGAGGAGAGGGAGGCAGGGAGACCAUUGAUAGGGACCGAGGUGUGACUAACCCAAACCCACAUCUCCUGCACACUCCUCCGCCCCUUCCUGCCCCAGCACCAAGUCUCCCUGUGCCUCUACCAUGGCACCUGGGCUACUCCUCCUCUGUCUCUCUUCCCCUUUUCCAAGGGCAGGUGAGCGAGAGGAGGGGCUCAGGGUCUCCUGCCUGGAAAGAUGAUCUUCUCUCCUCACCCCUGUCCCACCCCAGAUGGCUAAGAAGGGAGGGUGGGUUCUCCUUGUCACCUUCACCUUCUUCCUCCUCUGCAUCCUCGUUUAAGAUGCCCUUCCCAGCUGAUUCUAGAGAAAUGUGGUCCUAUUUCAACAGUGGCCAGCGGGACUACAGUUCUUCUCUCUUCUCCCCAUCAUACCUAUUUAGCCACCAUUCUCUCUACUCCCAAGAUCCAAGCUUAGGUGAAGCCAGAAACAGGUACCCGGGCAAAAGGUCAAAUGGCCUGGAUGGGCCAGGCAGCAGGACUGCCUCAACCUCCAGGACUCUGCUCACAGGAGAGUAUGGGAAUGAUAGCAGCAGAACUAGGUUGGAAGUCAGUCCGCACAGCUCCCAUACCAAUGGUGGACGGAGACAGCAGGAGGAUCUAACAUCCCGAGUCCAUUCUGGAGAGCCAUUUUUGUCAGACUCUCAAGCCCAGGAGGGCCCUGAGCUACAUUCCUCAAUGCAGAACAAACAUCAACAUGGGAUUGUUAAGACCAGCUCCAAUUUACUCACCACCAGUUCCCACCCCCUUGGACCAGACCCCAGGGCAGGUAGAAGUGGACUAUUGCAGCCCUUAGGGGCCUCACCAGCUGAAGCCCAGAUCUAUUACUCCUUGGGAUCGGUGUGCCACCCCAGCCCUCUGGCCCAUGCUUACCCACUAUACAGCCCCUCAGGAACACCUCUGUACAACCCGCACAGGGAGCCAGGCCCAAGGCAGCACAAUUUAAGGAACUCGCCUCACUCACCCCUGGGUCUACUGAACAGCCAUGACAGGUCACAAAAAGACAGAGACAGAGACCAAGAAAGAGACAAAGAAAAAGCCCUACAAAGGGACAGGGAGCAAGGUAAAUACAGAGAGAAGCACCUUCAUCAAGACAAAGACCAAGAAAGAGACAGUGAGCGUGAGAGACGACGGGACAGAGAAAGAGACAGGGGGAGAGAGAUGUCGCCUUUGCAUCUUCACACCUCACCCCCAGCCCUUCACCCAUCUCCCCCUGCGCUCCUACCUCACUUCACCAAGGGUUCUUUGAUUGAGUUGGCCAAUGGGCGGUUGAAGCGUGUGGAGGAGCUGCGGACCGAGGACUUCUUGAGGAGUGCAGAUACCUCCCCAGAGUUCCACCUCAGCACCUGCACUGUGCUGCUGAUUUCCCCCAGCAGUGCGCAGGGCUUCAGCCAUCUGCAGGUCCACCUCACAGACCGCAACACUCAGGAGUUACUGAAGGUCUUGGAGGAGUAUCCAUUCUUUGUGCAGGACCGAGGCUGGUCUUCUUGCUGUCCCCAGAGAACCACACAGCUGUAUGGCCUGCCCUGCCGCCAGCUCAUGGAGGGGGAUGUCUGCCUGGCUCUCACCCCCACACCCACCCAUACCCACCGGACACACACACGUACUGGCUCCAGGUGUCAUCGCACGCAAAUCUCCUCCAGGGCUGCAGGAGAGUCUAGCAGCUCACACAGGGGGGAGAUGCCACCACCACCUCCUCCUCCCCCUCUUCCUCACCAGCCAGCUCCUACCACGCCAGCCCCUGAAUGCACCCUGGCUGUGGAGCCAGCCGCUCAGGAGCAGCCACGUCUACGCAAACGGCGUUGGUCUGCCCCAGACACCCUUCCCUCAACCGGAACUGAUGAAGGCCUUCUGGAUUUACCUCACAGCUCCAAGCUAAUGAAAUGGCAGUAGAAAUAUUAUAUACAUGCACACAUAUACAUGUAUCCUUACAUGCACACACACACACACACACACACAAGCACAUACACACCCUCCUUGUCUCUGUUGCAACCACCAAGACAAACAAUGGAGAGACCACAAGGCAGGGUUGCAGGGAAGGAAUAAAAGACAAUAUAAAACACAAUUUACGGGUGUCCACACUGCUGCCCAAAAGAUGUUGUUGUUGUUCCUUUCCUUUCCUAUCCCCUUCCCUUUCCAUUUCCUUUCCUUUAUUCAACCUUAAGUAAAGCCCUGAAAGGAGCAGCAGCUGAAGGACCUCUGGAUGACUCCUUACAGACACACUGAAGAUACUUAGUGAGACAAUCAAGCACUUGUCUGUGUACACUCUUUUUUUGUAAUGGUUGUCCCACACACCUACGUACUGACAGUGUUUUCUGCAGGGUAUCGACUUUCAAUCAGUGUUAUGAAAGUAAACGCUAUUGAAGAAGUGCAAAUAUAUACAAACAAA